UAUUCAACCAUUGCAUCGAUCUUUAAUUGCGGUUAUCUUUCGUCUUUGCACUUUGUACGAGUAAAUAAAAGACGACAGGUUUUGAAACCGCGGAUAUUGGUUAAGUAGCCCUUCAUAAGCUACGGAAAUUGUAUCCGUCGUUAGAUAAUGAAGAAAAAUUUAUACGAAACGCAAAGUUUAAUGAAACGCAUUAUCUUCAUUAAUGACGACGAAAAUAAUCAAUUGCGCUCUGUUUGAGGUUAACUACCAAUGAAAAUAUUACAUAAGGACAUUGUAAUAUUUGUAAUACCAUUAAUGUUAUUAAUAUUAUUUUUACUCGUUUCAUUCACCUAGCGAAUAUUCACGACCCUCGUUCCGUAACGAAGCUGAUUAGUCGGAUAGAGAAAAAAGAUUUUUCAAAUCGAAGAUCGAAGCGUGCGCAGUGUUGCGUAACUAUCGAAAUGACGGGUGAAAAAAGAAGGCAGCGAUUUUGAAUAACCUAUGGCCAACGACAUGGAUAAUUGUCAAUCUACCGAGUGCAAGAGCUCGCUUAGCGUAUGACGCUCACGUAUACGCGCGAUUACGUGAACCACGCAACGCUUACGAGAUUCAUCAGUCUGUUUCUUCUUUGUAGUUCAAGGCUUGUCGAUUUGCUCGUGACGGUAAACGUAAUUAGAAGAUAGAACUUGGAACGAGUCAGAGAAAAACAGGAUUAUGUACACGAUUGUUUUCUUCGACUGAUUUCAUUUCUUUUGGUUCAUGAAAGCACACGUAGCCGCGUGAUUGUACCGCGCGCAACACGCUUCGUUCCACUUGAACGGAUCGACGUGUAAUUUAACAAUCCGUAAAGGUGAAAACCUAUCUCGCUUUCGUUACGCUCCUUGGAUCGUUUAUAUACGAUUGCAAACACUCUACUGUAUCGGCUGUAUCGACUUCCAAAUACACUUCCUGUUCCUCCUCUUAUUACGAUAUCAUCUGUGUACUUUCUAAAAGCAUGCAUGCCUCUGGUUACGUCCUAUGUAUACAUGUAUUUAAUAAAUUAAAUGCGUUUUGCGCCGAGCCGGUCGAACGUAAUAGCCGGUUUCCAAAGCUCGAACAGCGGUUACACGGUGAAACGUUAUAGCAAGGUCGUAAGACGGUAACGGUAUGCGAUAGGGUUACGAGUGCAAGGAUGACUCUAAUUUAAGGAAAGUAACGAAGGAGAAAGUGAACGUUAUGUAAAAGUUAAGCCGGCGCCGCGCGGCGUUCAUGGUGUUCAUCUGACGGGAUACGGACGAUAAAGUACUCGUCUUUCCACCUGUAAACAACUAUCGGAGAUUCAUCAUACACCAACUGGUGCAAGAUCGGUUCGUCGAUCUGCACACCUUCUCCAUCGGUCAGGGUUCGGCGAGAAGAACCGUCGUUUGUUACAAGAGUGACGUGAUAAGGGAUCCAAAACUGAAUGGUGUGCAGCAUAAGCCGAACUGCGCCACGAAGGAUAGCGACAAGCUGCUCGAGAUGGGCGUCGAAGGACGCCGAUCGCCGUCCGCUUCGCCAGAACGUGUGCGAGUUCAAAGACAAGCCAAGUCAACGCCAACGGUUGAAAUCUAUAGACCACCAGCUGCAAGGAGAGCCAGAAACGAGCCUCAAGGAAACGUGGACCAAGUUCAAGCGCAGCCUACCGAUUCGUCGUCUAUAAAAACUAUUCGUAAGAGAAGACCGGAUCGCGCUGUUUAUGUACCAAGACAUCGUAGAAGUUUAGAAACCGAAGGAAGCCCCCAAUCUGUAGAAGCCGUUCACGUUAAUCGUACUGUUAAAGACGGUUCGUCUUCAUCCUCUGUGUCUCAUGGACAAUCAAAGUUUAACGUAAAUCUAAAAGAAACGGAUGCUGAUGUUCAGCAAAGCGCAGAAUGUACGGAAAAGGGAUCAAACAUGUGUUCUGAUAAGGAUCAAAGUGACUUGGAGCGCGAAGACAGUCACUGUCUUCGGGGAGAUUCAAAGGAUACAGUGUCUACAACUGUGCCGGAGGAAUCUACUGUAGAAUCUAAUGUUAGAGAGAAAAUUAAACAAUCGGAUAGCUUAAAUGACGACGUGCCAAAGGAGACAAAUAAUUUUAUUAUCAAUGAUGUAAAAUGCGAGAUAACGAAUGCAUUUCCGUCGCAGACGAUCGAAGAACAAGAAGUAUCUAAUAAUUCUAGCGAAAAUAAGAGUAGUUUAGAUUCGUUUGAAACAUGUGUAUAUAGCGAAGAAGUUAAUAUUAACGAGGAAGUAGACAGAUCUGAUGAAUAUAAGGAUAAUAUUAACACAACUGAUCCAGCAACGAAUAAUAACAUGAAUAAUACGAAGCUUUCGAAUAAAGAUGAGAUAACGAAUCAAAAGAAUGCGCAAAUGAUACACAGUAAUAUUGUUUCGGAGGUAUUGAUCAUUUCAAAUGCUGUACAGAAAGAACCGCAAACUGUUAAAGAAUCGACUCCUGUUCCUAUCACGCCACCGGAAUCGAAAAAGGUGAAAAAAGUUGUAAGACAUAAAAGUAAACCGGCACCGCCACCUUCUCCGCCCAUUAAAAAAAUAAAUAGGGACGAAUGUGACUGGGAUAGUUUAUUCGAUGACAAUGGUGACUGUCUGGAUCCAACGCUCAUAGAAGAGUUAACGUCUGCAGUUGGUGAUGUUGUGAUCGAGCAACCAAAAAGCGAUUACAAGACAUACACUAAACACAUCGAAGUAUCCAGCGACGAAUUUGCUCAUGUUGUUGAAAUAUAUAAUUUUCCGUCGGAAUUCAAGACAAGCGAUUUAGCGGCUGUUUUCAGUCCCUUCAAAAAUGGUGGUUUCGAAUUGAAAUGGGUGGACGAUACGCAUUGUCUUGGAGUAUUCAGUAGUCCUCUUGUUGCUGCCGAGGUAUUGGCAUCCGAUCAUCCGUUUGUUAAAACAAGACCGCUAAGCGAGGCAACGGCCUUGAGUAAAACAAAAGCGAAAAGGAGCGCAGAAUUCUUGCAACCUUACAGGAGUCGUCCAGAAACUUGCGCGGCAUUAGCCAGACGCUUGGUUACAGGUGCUUUAGGAGUGAAAUUAGCCACUGCUAGGCAAGAACGCGAACACGAGAAAAACAUACUGCGUGAAGCGAAAGAAAAACGUAGGUUGGCCAAUAAGCAACGAGAGGAUGCUUGGGAAGGUAUAAUUCCCGAAAAGUAGCAUCGUUUGUUGGUAAUGUGAUAAUUGAUAAUGACUUACAUUAUAUGUAAGUGUUUGAUGACAUUUACAUGCAUUUUGUGCCUUACUCAUCUAUUUUUAUCUCAGACAAACUCAUUUUGUCGAACUGAUUUGGCGAUUGGUUUUGGGAACACGGGAUAACUUGCCAAUAGAUGAGUGUGGCAUGACGGAAUACCGUAACGGAUGUUGUAUUUGCUUCGAACUGACAAAUGAGUUUCCAAUGCUUGUUUAUUUUCUACACACACACACAUAUAUAUAUACACAUAUAUGCAUAUCAUAAUGUUCAGACCAGUUAAACGAGCGUGCCUGUUGCAUUAUUUUUUAAUGAAAGGGUAUUAAGUAUUUUAAGUAAAACUCUUUAGACUUGGGCAAUUUACAGCCCUAAAUAUUAGAAAAAUCUAUGAAACAGAAGUAGAAAGGUUUUACGAUACGUGGUUAUUCUUACCUCGACAGUUGCCUCUGUUAGAAAUUUAUAUAUAUGACGAUAAAGAAUGCUGUGUUGUGCAAUGAUAAUACGAGACAAUAAGUUAGAGUAGUAGAAAAUGAAGAUGUAUCCCUUUACACGUGAAUGCAUUAAGUGCGAGCACAUACAUCGAUUUGCAAGCAGUGAUAUGUAAUAAAAAAGUGUCUUCACAAAGUUAUGAUUUCACGAUGAUAAAGCUGUACUAAAAUACAAUGUGGUAUUAUAGUGCUGUAUAAAACAAAAUAUAGCAUAUAUAAAUAAUAUCACUUGUAUAGAUAUAUAUACACGUACGUAUAUAAAUCUGUUAAAUGUUAAAAUCUGACGCACAAUCAUAAUCUGUCUACACAUAUUACAGACUUAUUUAAAGAAAAACAGAAAGCUUAAAACAGAUUGUAUUUUUAUAUACAAUUGUUACCAACAGAGGAAUAAAAGUAUGUAGCGCCAAAUCCUAGUCAAUGUACACAAGAAAACAUGUUACCUAUAUUGUAUAUUAUAUUACUGAAUUUUGUCAGAAGUUGACAAAUGAAUUUAAAAGAAAAAAAUGAUGAAGAAUAAAAAAUAUUUUAUGUACCAUA